CGUACCUGUUUGCGUACAUCUGCUCGCUAUAAAUAGUGUCGGUUGUGGACUGGUUGGCGAUUCUUUGAAAGACGAUGGCUGCACCAGGACCGCCUCUGCUCCGGUUACUCCCCCUGUUGCCACUGCUGCUGCUGUUGAGCAAGGCAUCCCUGCCUGCAGCUGCAUACACGCUUAUCCCUGGACAACAACCACAGCACAAAGUCCUCCACCUAGACUGGCCACAGGAUUGUGGCAUGGCCCACUUCAAGCCGAACAUGGUUGAGAGGAUUGUCUCUGGAAACGAGGCCCGACCUCACUCCUGGCCCUGGCAAGUCUCUUUGCAGGUUCGACCCAGAGGAAGCAAACACUACAUUCACGUCUGUGGAGGAACCCUCAUCCAUAAGAACUGGGUGCUCACUGCAGCUCACUGCUUCCAGAAGGGUAAAGCCGAGGACCCUGGGAGCUGGAGGAUUGUCCUCGGGAAGCACCAGCUGAAGCGCUCCGAGUCUGCAGAGAGGAUUUUCCCCAUCAAGAGGAUCUACCGGCACGAGAACUUCCGUUACCCGGCUCACAGCGAGCUGGACUACGACAUCGCCCUGGUGAAGGCCGGCACAGACAUCCUGCCUUCGAACUUCAUCCGCUACGCCUGCCUGCCGCGCAAGCAGACCGCCCUCAAUCCGGGGCACUACUGCUGGGUGACGGGCUGGGGAGACACCCGGGGUGGAAAGGAGAACGUCUCCCUGGCAGAAGCGCUGAAUCAAGCCCGUCUGCCCAUCAUCGACUUCAAAACCUGUCGGCAGAAGAAGUUCUGGGGUGACCGCGUCCGGGACUCCAUGAUCUGCGCCGGGUUCAGGGACACCGAGGACCCCCCCGCCGCAUGUCAGGGCGACUCCGGCGGUCCGCUGCUCUGCCAGCUGGGCCGCGACCGCUGGGAGGUGCACGGCGUGGUGAGCUUCGGCCCCAUCGGCUGCACCGUGGAGAACAAGCCCAGCGUCUUCACCCGCACCUCCACCUACAUCCCCUGGAUCGAGGCGACCCGCAUCAGGGACUUCUUCCUGCACUGAGGCGGCGCCGACAAACGCGACCUCCUCUUUAUUAAACCUUCUUACUUAAGUCUCGUAGCUUCAGAUUGUGCCUGUUCCUCAACAUAAACCACACUUCACAAUGUAAACACCGGCAUUCAGAGGUUGCUUUCUGCAAUAAAAGUGAUGAGCAGA